ACAGCCGGGGCCCGGCCCAGCCUGCAGCGGAGCCCGCGAGAGUCAGCGCCAUGGCGGAGCAGACCUACUCCUGGGCCUAUUCCUUGGUGGAUUCCAGUCAAGUGUCUACAUUUCUGAUUUCCAUUCUUCUGAUAGUCUAUGGGAGUUUCAGGUCCCUUAAUAUGGAUUUUGAAAACCAAGACAAGGAGAAAGACAGCAGCAGUUCCUCCGGGUCUUUUAAUGGCAACAGCACCAAUAAUAGUAUCCAGACGAUUGACUCUACCCAGGCCCUGUUCCUUCCAAUCGGAGCAUCUGUCUCUCUUCUAGUAAUGUUCUUCUUCUUCGACUCAGUUCAAGUCGUUUUUACAAUAUGUACAGCAGUCCUUGCAACAAUAGCUUUUGCUUUUCUCCUCCUUCCGAUGUGCCAGUAUUUAACAAGACCCUGUUCGCCUCAGAACAAGAUUUCCUUUGGUUGCUGUGGGCGUUUCACUGCGGCCGAGUUACUGUCCUUCUCCCUGUCUGUCAUGCUUGUCCUCAUCUGGGUCCUCACUGGCCACUGGCUCCUCAUGGAUGCCCUGGCCAUGGGCCUCUGUGUCGCCAUGAUCGCCUUCGUCCGCCUGCCGAGCCUCAAGGUCUCCUGUCUGCUUCUCUCAGGGCUGCUCAUCUAUGACGUCUUCUGGGUGUUUUUCUCAGCCUACAUCUUCAACAGCAACGUCAUGGUGAAGGUGGCCACGCAGCCGGCUGACAAUCCCCUUGACGUGCUGUCCCGGAAACUCCACCUGGGGCCCAACGUGGGGCGCGAUGUCCCCCGCCUGUCGCUGCCUGGCAAGCUGGUCUUCCCCAGCUCCACAGGCAGCCACUUCUCCAUGCUGGGCAUCGGGGACAUCGUGAUGCCCGGUCUCCUGCUGUGCUUUGUCCUCCGUUACGACAACUACAAAAAACAAGCCAGCGGUGACUCCUGUGGGGCCUCGGGCCCCGCCAACAUCUCGGGGCGUAUGCAGAAGGUCUCCUACUUCCACUGCACCCUCAUCGGGUACUUCGUAGGUCUGCUAACAGCUACCGUGGCGUCUCGCAUUCACCGAGCAGCUCAGCCCGCACUCCUCUACCUGGUGCCAUUUACCUUACUGCCGCUCCUCACGAUGGCCUAUUUAAAGGGUGACCUCCGGCGGAUGUGGUCUGAGCCAUUCCACUCCAAGUCCAGCAGCUCCCGGUUCCUGGAAGUAUGAUGGCGCACAGCGGCGUGACCAGAGUGGCCGCCUCGGGCCUGCCUGCUCUCGGGGGUGGCGUUCCGUCUUCGAGCUGGCCUGGCGCCCCAAGGUGUACCUGUUUAAGGAACCGACGUGUGACUGGAUUUUGCAAAUUUCCGGGGCUUGUCUGAAGGAGAGGGGCUCGAGCCCCACUUGGCGCCUUCCCAGCCCACGGCCAUGGUGAGAGAGCCCCUUCCCGACGGGACAGGCCCCCCAGCACUCCUUCCCCGUUUUUAUGGAUCUGCACCAGACUGUUACCCCGGGAGGAGAUGGAGACCUGACUGUUUAUGAACUGAAAACAGCACGGAGUCGUUCCGAAACUUUUGAACACUAAACAGAUUGAAAACGCAAACAAGCAACCCAACGUUUCUUCUGUGAACCCCCAAGACCUCGGGGACCAGUUUCCUCCAGGGGCUUCGGUUUCAGCGAACUAAAGACAGAAGCUCCUUCUGUCGUUCUCUUCUUCCCUCCCCCCUUUUUUGGAUUUAUUAAAUAUUUUCUGUGGUGUGAAGUGACUUCUUAAAUCCACAGACAUGGAGGGACUGCGUCCAGCCCACACACG